GACUUGGCUUUCACACAGUACGCUCUUCCCUUAGACCCAGGCUUCUCUGGAUUGGCACAUUUAAAAAGAGUGAUAGUGUUAGUGCUCUUACGCCAAUCAGAUCCCCUAGGUGGGAAUUCCCCUGCUUACAUAGCCAAGGCAGAGAGGUAAAGUAGUAAGGAAACAACGACGUGAGAGGAAGCUGGGUGAAGAGCAAUUAGCAAGAGAGAUAUGAAACAUGACAUAGGCUAACGAGCAUGCAGGCACCAGAGCUGGAGCUGGCUUCCCCGGGAAUCACUUCUGCACAGAGGCAAAAUGACUACACACACCUGGCAAGUGUGGGCCAUCUACAUGGUCUUAGCUGCAAAUGUCUCCGCAGAGCAAUCCCUGAAGCAGGCUUGUCCUUCGUGCGAUGACAAUCAGCUGUGCAACUGCUCUUCCAUGGGCUUGGACUUCAUUCCCCCGGGGCUCACGGGCAAAAUCACAACGUUAAACCUGUCCCACAACAGGAUCAAGCACAUCCAAUCCCAGGAUCUGCAGCAGGCUGUGAACCUGAGAGCCCUGCUGCUGCAGUCCAACAAAAUCAGCUCAAUAGACGAGGACUCGUUUCGCUCCCUUGGGAAACUGGAGCUCUUGGACUUAUCAAAUAACAGCUUGGCUCACUUGUCCCCUGCGUGGUUUGGGCACCUUUUUUUGCUCCAGCACCUCCACCUUCAAGGGAACUCCUACAGAGACCUGGGGGAAAGCUCCCUCUUUUCUAGCCUGAGGAACCUGAGCUCUCUCCACCUGGGCAACCCGCGGUUCUCCACAGUAAGGCAAGGGAACUUUGAGGGCAUUGAGCUUCUCGACCAGUUGUGGAUUGAUGGUGGCAAUCUCAGUCAGUAUGAGCCGGGAAGUUUGAAAUCGAUUAAGAAGAUAAAUCACAUGAUCAUAAGCCUAAGAAGAAUUAAUGUAUUCUCAGCAAUUGUCAGGGACCUUCUGCACUCUGUCAUUUGGCUAGAAGUGAGAAAAAUAGCAUUCAGUGUACCUGCUGAAAUGCAACUAUUGAGAGUCAUGUCAUCUUCCUUUGCAAAGAAAAUUUCUUUUAAACAAGCCUUAUUAACAGAUGCUACUGUGCCUGAGAUUGUCAGCAUUUUAGAAGACAUGCCAAAAUUAGUGGAGGUGGGGAUGAUAGACUGUAGACUCUUGGGAACUGGACGAUGGGAAAUACAAAUUCAAGCAAAUCAGUCACAGACUCUCAGAGUUCUGACAAUAAAGAAACUAUCUAUAGAACAAUUUUAUUUGUUUACAGAUCUUCAGGCUGUGGAAGGUCUACUAUCACUUCUUACCAAAGUCACAGUUCAAAACACCAAGGUAUUUUUGGUACCAUGUAGCCUUUCGCGACAUCUUCUGUCAUUAGAGUAUCUCGAUCUUAGUGCAAAUUUGCUUGGAGACCAGAGUUUGGAGCAUUCAGCCUGCCAGGGUGGCUGGCCCUCACUACGAACUCUAAAUUUAAGUCAGAAUUCGCUCAGUGACUUAGAAAUGACGGGUAAAAGUUUGUCUCAUCUAAGAAAAUUAAAUCUCUUGGACAUUAGCCAGAAUAAUUUUGGUGAGAUUCCAGAUGUGUGUGAAUGGCCAAAAAACCUGAAAUAUUUGAAUCUCUCCAGCACUCAAAUUCCCAAACUAACGACUUGCAUUCCCCCAACACUGGAAAUUUUGGACGUUAGCGCUAACAACCUGAGGGAGUUUGGACUGCAACUCCCAUUUCUGAAGGAGCUGUACCUCACAAAAAACCAGCUGAAGACCUUGCCUGGUGCUGCACCCGUUCCUAACUUAGUGGCCAUGUCAGUCAGAAGAAACAAGCUCAACAGUUUCUCCAAGGAAGAGUUUGAGUCCUUCAAGAAAAUGGAGCUGCUGGACGCCAGCGACAACAACUUCAUCUGCUCCUGUGAAUUCCUCUCCUUCAUCCACCACCAGGCCGGGAUAGCCCAGGUGCUGGUGGGGUGGCCAGACAAGUACAUCUGUGACUCUCCCCUGGCAGUGAGAGGGGCGCAGGUUGGAGCCGUGCACCUCUCCCUGAUGGAGUGCCACAGGUCCCUGGUGGUGUCGUUGAUCUGCGUCCUGGUGUUCCUGGUCAUCCUCACCCUCGUGGUCGUCGGAUACAAGUACCACGCGGUCUGGUACCUGAGAAUGACCUGGGCAUGGCUCCAAGCCAAGCGGAAGCCCAAGCGAGCCCCCGCAAAGGACAUCUGCUACGACGCUUUUGUCUCCUACAGCGAGAACGACUCCGACUGGGUGGAGAACAUAAUGGUGCGGGAGCUGGAGCAGGCUUGCCCCCCGUUUCGGCUCUGCCUCCAUAAGCGGGACUUUGUGCCCGGGAAGUGGAUCGUGGACAACAUCAUCGACUCCAUAGAGAAGAGCCACAAAACACUGUUUGUGCUGUCCGAGCACUUUGUGCAGAGCGAGUGGUGCAAAUACGAGCUGGACUUCUCGCACUUCCGCCUCUUUGACGAGAACGACGACGCAGCGAUUCUCGUCCUCCUGGAGCCCAUCCAGAGCAAAACGAUUCCCAAGAGGUUCUGCAAGCUGCGGAAGAUCAUGAACACAAAGACCUACCUGGAAUGGCCUCCUGAUGAAGAGCAGCAGGAGAUGUUUUGGUUUAAUUUGAAAAUAGCUCUAAAAUCCUAGACAGGGACAUUAAAGACUGAGUAGGUGGCAAAUGCACUCUGGAUUUGUGUCCCUUUCAUGUUUGUCCCAUCGCCUAUUUGUGUAUCGAGAACAGAGCACUGAGCUACUGUAAAAUCUAUUACUUGAUGUGAGAUUAUUUUCUUUUGGUAGCUGUGGUCGUGAAUUGUUGUACUGGUUUGGGCUGGAACAGAAUUAAUUUUGGUCAUAGUUGCUCCUAUGCUGCUGUGGUUCGGAUUUGUGACCAAAACAGUGUUGAUAGCACAGGGAUGUUUUCGUUAUUGCUGAACAGUGCUGGCACAGCAUCAAGGCUUUUUCUGUGCCAGUGAGCAUGCUGGGGGUGCAUGAUAGUUUGGGAUGCGACACAGCUGGGACAGCUGAUCCCAACUGACCAAAGGGAUGUCCCGUACCAUGUAACGUCAUGUUCGGCAAUAAGAGUUGUGGGAAAGAAAGAGGAAGGGAGGAUGUUUGGAGUGAUGGUGUUUGUCUCCCCAGGUACGUGUUAUGCAUGACAGCCCUGCUUUCACGGAAAUGGUUAAACAUUCACCUGCUGACGGAAUGUAGUGAAUGAAUUCCUUGUUUUGCUUUGCUUGCGUGCAGCUUUUGCUUUACCUAUUAAACUGCUUUUAUCUCAACCCACGCAUUUUCUCACUUUUACCCUUCUGAUUCUCUCCUCUGACCCACUGUGGGAGGAGUGAGUGAGCGGCUGUGCGGUGCUGAGUUGCCUUCUGGGGUUAAACCACAACAAAAUUGUCUACACACGUUAAUCAGCAGUGUUAGCAAAAGCUAACAUUUAAAUAUUUAAUGAUGAAAAGUUGUUUAGAUAUACAGCUAAGUAGUUUAUGUAUCUUUAUCUUUGCAAAAGCUUUAGGAGAGAGCCUGCCUAGCCA